AUGACGUUUUCGGAGGCGAAGGAUGCGGUCUCGAGUGUGGCGGUCCGGGGGUCUGAGAUUUUUGCGGGCAGUGUGGAUGGACGGGUGAGGGUUUAUGAUCUCGCGAUGGGAGUGUUGGAGAUGGAUGUCGUGGCUCCUGGCACUGGAGUGACGAGUGUGAUGCCGAGUCGGGAUGGAGAGGGGUAUCUUGCUUCUUCUCUGGAUUCGUGCGCGAGGUUUAUGGAUCGGGGGACGGGGAAGUGUCUGCAGACUUUUCGGGAUGAAGAGGAGGGUGGGUUUCGAAAUGAGACGUAUAGGGUGAGGAGUUGUUUCGCGAUGGGGGAUGGGAUUGCGGUCAGUGGGAGUGAGAAUGGGAAGGUUGUGGUUUGGGAUGUCUUGAGUGGGGAGGUUGUGAGGAGAUUAUGGCAUAGGGAAGAGGGAGAAAGAGGAGGUGAGACGACCAAGAGGGAUGUGGUGAGUGCUGUUGCAUGGAAUCCAUUCAGAAAGAUGUGGGCCAGUGCGGGUGGGGAUGGGACCGUGGUUGUUUGGGGAAAUGAGGAGUGA